AUGCACAGUAGAUUGAGGGGCGGGGGGAGGGGUCUAGGGGUGGUGCAGCGGUCCGGUAACGGGGCCUCUAUGGGGCGGGGAGGGGGGAGGGGGAAGGGGGCUCCCGGGCGGGCGGAGCCUCCCGGGGGACCCCGGCACGCUCGCGCGUGGGAGGUGGGGGGCCGAAGCCGGCGCCUGCGUCUCCUCCUCCGCCCCGGCUCUCCCGUCCCUGUAGCUGGGCCGGGGGGGGGGAGGGGGGAGGGGGCUCAGCGCUGCAGGCGCCGCCGCCGCCGCCGCAGGGACCCGAGCCCGGGAGCCGCCCUUGCCGCCCGCCUGUCGCGGCGUUCGCGGCUGCUUAGCGACCGGCUCUGGCGUCACAGGCAGCGGCCCCGGGAAGGCCUGCAAGUUCCAAGAAAGCCACGUCCAGCGAGCCUCGCCCCAGUCACUUCUCAACAGGUGGGGGGUCGAUCCGGGGAGAGACGGGGCCGAGACGUUCUCAGAGGCACGACGGACAGCCGGAGGUUUGACAGGCGCCCCAAAGCUCCAUCCGCGGAAUUUAACCGUGACUCUUCCAAAGGAAACCGCUAAGGAAACAGCCUUGGAAGCUCCCCCCCCCAUACACCCUCACCCCCGGAUCCUGCCCCGUGGGCGCUAAUUCCUGGACUCGGAAAUCCGCCUUUGGCCACCAGCGACGCUUUCAAUUUCAAACUGUCAACUAACUGUCAUGAUGAAAAUAGAAGAGCCCGUCUCAUCUCAGCCCUUCAUUGGACAGAUGAGGAAACUGAAGCCGAAGGGAAACAUGCCCCAAGUCACACAGUGACCGAGUGCCUGGAUUUCCUUUUUUGUGUCCCUUGGUUUGGGAGUUCAUGGAACCCAGUGUGGCUGGACUCUGAUCCUUUGUGCCUGGUCUGGGGGUGGGGGAGGCCCAUUGGGAGGUUUGAUGCCUUAGAAGCCAACAGGCCAACUGAAACAAGGAGAGUACCUGUGAGAUUUCAGCAUCUUGAAAAUGAAUGUUUUUCACAA